AUGUCUGCAGUCACUAUUGAAAAUCGUACUACAAAGGAUCAUUCCUUGGUUGGUGAUACGAAUGCCGUAAAAUCCAUCACACUUGAAGCAGCAAACGAGUUGAACAAAGUUACCCUAAGCGAAGCAAACAACCUGAUCAAUUUGCAACUAAAAGAUGCUCUUAAAGGCGAGGAAUUUAUCGAUCUAACACCAAGUAUUGGUAGGGAGUAUCCAAGUGUACAGCUUUCACAGUGGAUCCAUGGAAAGGAUUCCGAUCGACUACUUCGGGAAUUGGCCAAUAUAAUCUCAACCAAGGGAGUUGUGUUUUUUCGAAACCAAGAUUUGAAUGCCCAGGAACAAAAGAUCCUAGGCCAAAGGCUCGGUGAAUUGACAGGAAAACCCAAGGACUCUUCGCUGCAUAUUCAUCCAGUCGUUAACAGUGGACGGAAAGAUGUCGACUCUACAGGUGAAAUUGAAAAUGAUGAUAAUGAGGUCUCGAUAUUGUCAAAGUCUCAAUACAAAAAAAUCUAUCCACUCAAAGAACGUCCUAGGGCAUUUCAUCCAAAAGCAAGUGCUGGAUGGCAUAGCGAUAUAACCUUUGAACCCGUACCUGCAGAUUACUCAAUCUUGAAAAUGCAAAAACCAUCUGAAAAUGGAGGCGACACUUUAUGGGCAUCUGGGUAUGAACUUUACACCAGAUUUUCUCCUCCAUUUCGUCGAUUUUUAGAUGGAUUGACUGCUACAUAUGCUCAACCCAAAUUUCAACAAUUUGCAGAUGCAAGUGGAUUCAAGUUGUACGAUGGUCCACGUGGAUCUCCAAGAAAUGUUGGUGAAACACUGGAAGCCGUCCAUCCUGUAGUUCGUACGAACCCAGUAACUGGAUUAAAGAGUGUAUUUGCAGUGGGACAUCAUGUUGAAAAGAUCAACGAUGUAACAACAGAAGAGAGUAGCUACUUACUUAAUCGGUUUGUUGAUCUAAUUGCGCAUAAUCAUGAUCUUCAAGUUCGUUUUAAAUGGAAAAAAAAUGACUUGGCAAUUUGGGAUAAUCGCAGUGUUUAUCAUACGGCUACUUAUGAUGCUGUAGGUCCUGAACGUUUAGGUAUACGGGUAGUAGGUAUUGGUGAAAAGCCAUACCUUGAUCCCAGCUCUCGUGCUAUUGACGGACUUUAG